AUGUCGUCGUCGGACUUCGAUGAUGAUGAGGACGACUUAUUGUUACAAGCAGUGCUUCACGGAUCAACGGAUGCCAGAUUGUACCGGGCUGAAGGAGAAGUAGCUAUACUUCGAGCACAACUAGAACAGCUUCAAAAACAAAACCAAAAAGAAAUCCACCAACUUCGCGACCAGAAAGAUCAACUUUAUCGUCAGAAUGAAGAUCAGGUCAAUGUUCUCAAACACGCUGUACAGAAACUUGAAGAUGAAAAGAAGUUUCUUAAUAAUGAAUUGAAGACUACCACACAUAACAAACGUAGGAAGUUGACUCCGCCAGUAAUAGAAAGGCAACCGCCUUCACAUUCGACUCCUUUGCUGCCAUCACAGCUUUCGAUGGAAGGAUCAGCUUCGUCCGUCGAAUUACCUCACAAACAUCUUGCACAGCAGAUUUUUCAACAGCAGCAGACUUCUGCAUUGUACACCGACCAUAUAUGGAACCAUUGCAUUGUAGGUAGCAACAGAACUUCCUUGAGCUACUUAGGAAAGAUCAGCAUCCACUUUGAUGUUGUUGUUGGAGACUUGUCUCUUGUGAAAAGAGAGCCGUUGUCUCGGCUGAUUGUAGACUAUAUGAUGUUGAAGAAAUCUCUCCGUUUAGACGAGUUGGUAGAAGACUUCUGCCUCAGUAUAGCUGAAGUCGUUGAUAUUCUUCUAGAGAAAAAAGCUAUCCUAGCAAUACCUUUCUUGUUGUCGUUGGUUCACUGUUCGAUAGCAUUUCGACCAGCAGCCAUUACGCCAAAUCUCAUUGUGAAGUUAUUACAGAGAUUUAGUCGUAUCUCUAACAACUUGUCGUUUCUUCUCAGCUCCAAUCUCAAUGAAGAGGACUAUGUCAAUUACCACGAUGUUCCAAACCAGGUGAUGAUUCUUGAGAAGUUCAUCUUCAUAUGCUGCCUUGAUAUUAUUGAGAAGUUGACUUCUGUAUCAAGUUUGCAUGGCUCCAAUUUUAUCAAAUCGGUCUGGAAGGACGACGUCUUGUCAAUUGAGCUCUUGAACAGGUGCCUACCCGAAAAUACCGAAAGGUUCAAGAACUCGGCCCAGAUCAACGUAGUGUAUAAUAUAGUAGAGAUGCUAAUCUCGUCUACUACAGAUGAUACAUUUGCCUUUUCCGACGUUGCAAAUGCUAAAGUCUCCGAUUCUUCGAUUUUCAACUCGCUCUUGAAGAUCUUUUUGAUAGAGUUGCCUAUCAAGGACGACUUCAUGUUCUACGGCUUGAACCGAGUAAUAGGUAACAAUAUCGAUUUUCGAAAGAUCGACGCUACCAUCCCGCAAACUGCUGAUAUUCUUAACAACUUUAACAUCCUCAUACCACAGCCUAUUCCUUUCAACUUGAUCAAGGAAAACCAACUGAACGAAUCUAUCAGGUUUGAACUUCUCUCUAACCACGAGUUCCAUUUGCUCAACUUGCGUAUCAAGGUAGCAGAUCUUCUCGAAUCGUACAUUGUAGCAAAGCAAUCUGUGGAGUUUCUCAUGAGCAGAGAACAUGUCAAAUCAAUCAUGCGAAUCAUCAACUUCGAACAGAUGUAUAUUAUGAGAUCGCCACGGUCAAAGUAUAUCCAUCUCCGGAUCCAGAUCGUGUCGAAGUUGGUAAAGAUCUUGAACUACUUGAUUCAGAAUGCAGUGGAAUACGGAGCUUUUAUCUAUCCUGAGACGAUGUACGAAUUGUAUGUCGCAUUGCUGCGAAUUGCUUUCAGCUCAGAUUCGCUAUCAGACCAUGCUCAUAAGCUUCUUAUACAAGUUCGAAAUAAAGGCUUGAAAGAACCCAUCUUCAACGCUUGGUGUGAAAACAAAGCACGAGAAUUGAACCACUUGACCAGCGAAGACUUACAGGGUAAGUUUUUAGCAGAUAUAGAGAGUGAUUUUGCCAAUGGUCUCGAAGUUGCUUAUGAAGCUGACACAGUAGAAAUAGCCCGAGAGAUUCUCAACACCUUUGUUACACACGAUGAUGCUGACAAUUUGUACUUUACUAUGAAUUAUGAGCCUGAUGAUGGAAUCAAUUACGAUGAAAUGGAAAUAGCCUAA